AUGGAAGGACUAAGCAUAAAGGUCCACCACAUUGUGAAUGUAACAACCACAAAACUAGCAGAAAUCAAAGAGGAGACCAGCAAAGAUGAUGAACUCCAGCUCCUUACUCAGAUGGUGAUUCAGGGGUGGCCAGAAAAGAGACAUCAGGUGCAGCCCCUAAUUCGUGAAUAUUGGGCCAUCCAUGAUGAUAUAUCAGUGGAGAAUGGAAUCCUGAUGGCUGGAUCCCGAAUAAUUAUACCCAAGUCAAUGCAAAAAGAGAUUCUUGACAAGAUCCACCAAGGGCAUCUCGGAAUGGAGAAAUGCAAGCUCCGAGUCAAGUCAGCAGUAUAUUGGGUAGGCAUGUACAAAGACAUAGAGAAGACAGUUUCUACAUGCCACAUCUGUCAGAAGUACAGAAACUCACAACAAAAGGAGGAAAUGAUAUCUAGUGACAUCCUAAGAAGGCCAUGGCAAACUAUUGGAGUAGAUCUGUUCACAGAGGGCCAAGAAUGGUAUUUGAUUAUGGUCUGCUACUACUCCAAAUUUCCAUUUGUGAGAAAAGUGAAAGACCUGAGAGCCAAAACAAUCACUACAGUGGCUCGAGGACUUUUAGCAGAGCAAGGAAUACCAGAGCAGAUCAUAUGUGACAACAGAACCCAGUUCACAUCACAAGAAUUCAAAAAACUAGCCGAUGAGUAUGGGUUCAAUAUUACAACCUCAUCUCCACACUACCCCAAAGGUCAUGGGUUUAUAGAAAGACAGGUGCAGACAGUGAAGAGAACACCAGUCAAAUGCCGAGAGACUAAGGAAGACCCACACCUGGCACUUCUGUCCCUACGAGCGACACCACUGAGAGCUGAUAUGAAAUUCCCAGCAGAAUUUGUUAGUGAACAGUACAAACUGUGUUUUAAAGUAAACAGUAUUACUACACUGUGUCUAAUGAUAUAUAGGUGUCGCUGCGCUGAAAGUAGCGCAGUUCGUGUAACAUGGAAAAGUAAAUAA